GGAAAAAUGAGAGAGACUUUGAUAGACGAUAAUAUCCGCCCUGAAAGUAAAAUGGUUAGUAGAGGAUAAGGAAACGCAAUACGCUUUGUUCUAAUGACAUUUACUAAAACACUGUACUUGUGAAUCGCCCAUUCAAUUAAAAAUUUUGUAUUCCUCUUUAUUUUAUAUAUUUUUUUUCUCUCUAUAAAAGUCAAAUGAAUAACACAACGACAAGAAAACUAAAGGCAAUCACUACUAAAACAACCACAACAGGCGUGAAAAGAAAGAAGAGAGUGUUAUCUAGUACAAAAGAGCCUAUUACAUCUUCACGGCAACUUCGUCAAAAAUCCACUCCUGCAUUGUCUAUCAGUGUUUCUAAACCAUCAUCAAUAAAUAAUGAUGAAAAAUCAUCCAAAGAAUCAAUUCAAGAUGUAGUAGAAACUCAAGAGAAAUCGACUCAAGAUGUAGUAGAAACUCAAGAGAGACCAACAUCACCGCAACAACAGCAACAACAAGCAAAUACAAAAUCAACAAAAAGGUCCAUUUUAACACUUCAACAAAAGGCAGAAAAGAAGCCAGCCAAGAGAAAGAGAAAGCUAAAUAACUCACAGCAGCCAGUGCUGAUUGAUGAGCCAAGUGAUGAUGUUCUCGCGCUUUCUAAAUACUUGGAUACAUCCAUUAUACCAGAACCUGUCAUCAUAGGAGCACCAACAAAGAAAUUAAAGAUAAAAGAUACACCUAAAGAAGAAGAAAAAGAAGAGCAACCGAAAGAGCAACCAAAGGAGCAACUAGAAGAACAACCAGAAGAACCCAAAAUAGAUACACUGGAUUUAAGUCAACAUAGCAUAUUGCCAAAUGAUACAUAUGUGGCUCAUCUACCCAAGAAACGGUCAUGCUCAAUAAGUGAUGAUAAUGCUUCAACAACCACAGCCUCUACAAGCACAUUCUAUGAUGCUCUAUCAGAAUUUGAAGAGCCAAUGCAAGAAGACUCAAUAGAUAUGAAAGAGGAUUUAAUAGAUAUGCAAUCAACUAUUCCCACUAAUAAUAAUAAUAAUAAUAAUACAUCAUCGUUUUGGAGUUCUUUGAUAAGGCCAUUCUUCCAACAAGAAUAA